CGGCAGCGGCCAGGAGGCGGCGCGGGGCUCGGCCGCUCGGCCCUGCAGCUCCGCGCACCCGGCAGCGGCGGCGGUGCAGCCUCGGGCGUUCGGGCAGCCUCCGAGCCCAUGGCGGGGAGCGACGUGGACAGCGAGGGCCCCGCACUGAGGGGCGGCGCGGCGCGGCGUCCGGGGGCCCCGGGCGGGCCAGGAAGCGAGGCGGCAGCCGGCUGCCCCGAGCUGCUGUCCACUGCUGAAGCGCCGGCUGAGAGCGCCACGCUGCCCGCCUGGAUGCGCCUCUACUUCUACGGGAUGCACGGGAUCACCCUGGACGUGCUGGUGUCCUCGGCCCGGCGCUUUGCCCGCAGCCCGGACCUCCGGAUGCUAGGCUUCUCCUCGCCCUACAGCUGCCUGCUGCACUCGCUCACCCAUUUCGCCCUGGAGAAGGUCUACCUGCAGCAGCGGCGCUGUCCCAGCGCCUUCGUCUUCAAUUUCCUCCUCUACCCCUCGGCCCACGUGGGUCUGCAGACCCUAGCGGGCCAGGCGCUACUACACAGCCUGGGCGGCGGGGCAGGGGGCGCGGUGGCGCCAGGGGCGCUGGACCUGGCGCUGCAGUACGUACUGGCGCUUUACCACUGCCAAGUGUUCCUGAAGCGCUUCCUGCGCUUGCGGUACGGGCGACAGAGGCGGCGGCAGCAGCAACAGCAACAGCAGCAGCAGCAGCGGAGGGGCGCGCUCCCCGUCGCUCCGGGCGCCAGGGUCCCUACUGCGGCCGGAGCUCGGCGGCGACGACCCCGUGGCCCCAGGGGCGCCGGGGGAGCCCCCAGCCAGGGGCUGCCCGACCUACCCCGCUUUCUUUUCUUCGGAAUGCACGGCUUUCUGGAUGAGAUCUUCUUCACCUUCUUCUUCAACGUACUGGGGCAGGGGGACGGAACAACCAGCGGCCACACGUCGCUCUGGUCCUUCUUUAUGUAUGGCAGCUGCAGUUUCGUGGUGGAAAAACUCUACUUCCAUCUCCACUACAGCCGCGGUUGGGGCACUUGGAAGCGGGUGCCCAUCUACGUGAUCUUCAUCUACGUGUGGGAGCUUUCCUGGGGUCUGGGACUCCGCACAUGCGGGGCUUGUUCCUGGGACUAUUCUCACUACCCGCUCAAUUUCAUGGGCCUCAUCACCCUGAUGUAUUUACCUGGCUGGAUAUUCCUUAGUGUGUACCAGGACCUAAUUUCCAACGUGUUGUGGAGGGUGCAGUACGUACCAAGUAACUAAAACCAAAAAAGAAAGAAAAGGAAAAAGUCAUUGGAUUCCCACGAAUGGAUGCGAUUUAUUUUUACACAUUUAAAAUGAAGUGGGUUUUUUAGUCCUUUAAUUUUUAUACACUUUAUUAAAUCUUCCAAAAUGUUUUAUUCCACCUUUUAGUUUUUCUAUUUGAAACCCGUGUAUAAUAUACUUUGAAACAUUACUCGAAACAUAAUUCAAAGUACUUAAUUCGCCAAUGUUUUAAAACGUUUACAAGCCCAAACAGCAAAACCGUUAUACCUUAACAUCAGAAUGGUGUAGUAGUGUUUACCCAUCUGGCCAUAGAUGAGUGAUAGCUACUAAUUUUUUUUGCGGGGCGUGGGGGGAGGGAAUCUUUAAAUCAGAGACCAGUGAUUUUUACAAGAUUUGGCUAAAUUUUCUGAUUCAAUGAUUUGUUUACUUUCUUUUUAAUCUAAUUUCAUUUUAAAUCCUUGCCAUAUUUACCAAUGACUGAAGAAACUCAAUGUCUUGUACUCUUGAAACUACAGUUAAUAGCUCUUAAAGUGCCUCCGUCUAGCACACAAGUGAAAAGAGGCUGAAAAAUGCGAAAGCACGUUCUAUGAACAGAUUUUUAAAUGAGAUCUUUUCUAGUAACUCAGACAGGUGACACUGUGUUAAGAUAUUUGAUCUCCAUCCUGGAAAUGAUUGCUUUCCAAUGUGGGUAAGCCUUAAACACCAGGUGUGUUAACGUUGAUCAGAUCCUGUGUUAUCUAUGGCUGUACAUUUUUGUUACUGUGCAAUAAUGUAAAAUGUUUACCUUACAUAGCCAAGGGCCAAGUGAAAUUAAAUCACCUUCUACAGUGUUCUAACUCCAAGGACCCUUUUCUACAUGGAACUUCAAGGGCAGAAACAUUACCUUUGAAUAAAAUGAACCUGAAUGUUCACUUUAAUUACA